UCAUUGCAAUCAUGAAUGCGAAUCGCCCCCCUCAGCUGUCGACCAGUCUAGUCACAGGCAAGCAUGGACAAUCCCAAUGGACGGAUGGAUAACGACAUCCCUCUGUACCACAUCACCACGACAGACCACACAGACAGACGACAGAAAGACAGACAUAUGAGGGGCGUGCAGCGGCCUCUUUUGCAUCGUCCUGGCUGCCCUCACCGUGUUGCGUCAUCUGUGUGUCUGUCCUCUACGGCGCCUGUCCGUCGAGCAAGACCGGUGCGACAGGGCCCAACGACCGCCGAGCCAGCCAUGCCGUGCGCUGAUACCUGGCGGGGAACGGAUCGCCCGGACUGCCCACCGGCUGCUCAGUCGUCACCAGAGUGACACUCACUGCCACAUGGGAGGAGGGACAGACAAUGAGACUGUCUGCCUGUCUGUCCGCACUCGCGGCUCUCGCUCACCAUUCUGACGGUCAUCAGGAACGACCCAGAAUUGGACCCACGCUGUGAAGGGGUCGUCGAAGGCCGUCAGCAGAUGAAUGUGUUCUACCUCUGCAUCGCCCCCUGCCGACGCCACGAUAGCUGAGCAUCCGUCCAGUGGUGUGUGGGGCGACCGUGUCAGCACGCCGUCCAAAUAGCCACCCCCAGCAUCACUACACACAUCCACACACACACAGACAGCGAUCCACUGCCACGUCCCAUGUGUGCUUCGGAGAGUACCUAUCGAUCGAUGUCCAUGCGCAUCUGGUGGACCUGGACGCCGCUCUCGUCGUAAUGGUGCUUGAUCAUCUCCACGAUGAAGGCGCUCAUCGACGCAUCGGUGUUCUCAUCCGCGUUUGCCGCCCAGCUGCCGCCGCGGUAGAACCAGAUGGUCGACUAGACGGGCAGGUCAUCUGGCUUGAUGUGCUGCUGGAAGGGGUGCUGCUGCAGGGGGUGCAGCAUAUUGGUGGACAGGGGCGGGUUGAGGGUGAUGGCGAACCCGGGCUCGUCGCGGAUGGUGCGGAUCUCGUUGAUGGUAUUGUCACGGAAGAGCUCGAAGGUGCCAUCCUGCUGGCCAUUGGCACGACGGAAGGCCACGUGCCGACCAACGACCAUCCACUGGGCUGUCACACGGGGCAUCGACAAAUAGGCCUGACACACAGGAACACACGACGAUGGAUGCAAGAAGAUGCAGCCUGUUCUCCCCCUGCUGUGUGAGGUGAUGUGCCCCCUUACCGUCUUGGUGUCGUGCUUCUGCAGGUCUACAGCGUCGAUGGUAAUGGGCAGUUGGCAAUAGCCACACUGGCCCGCCACCCGCAGUCCAUUGCCCACCUCUCCCCAGCUGCCGCCCUCCUCCAUCAGCCACAGCGCCUUCAUCACACCACCGUCGCCCAGCUGAGGCGCAAACCGCACCACACCCGUCAGACCCGCCUUGUCCACGGCGACGGUCAGCCGGCGACGAAGGGCCAUCUUGACGUGAUAGUUGACGAGUGGUGCAGUCGUCUUGAGGCAGCCGACGCCCUGCAGGUCUGUCGAUGUCUGCAGACGAGCCAUGGCGUCGGCCGAGAGGUCAUCUAACUUGGCCUGACCAUAACAGACACAAACAGCGCAUCCGCUCGGAAUUGUAUCUGUUUGUAUGCUCACUGACCGAUGCAGCAGUGCGUCGCUGGGGGAAGGUGGCCGACUUGACGAGGGCCUUGAGCGAGGCCUUCAACUUGGCGUACUGAUACAACGCAGCUAUCAUGUGGAGCGAACAGUCCUGCAGCCAUGAAUGACACAAUCGGACAGCGGCAGAGCGUGUGAACCAUCUUUAUCGUGCAGAUGUCCAGACAGACAUACGUGCGAUGAGAGAUCUGACGCGUCCAGUGCGGACAAGCGGUACAUCAGGCAGCUUAUCUGCAGGGACCACCACAGGGCAAGCAAGAGCGAGAGGCAGGCAGGCAGGUCUCCUUCCAAUGAAUCAAAAGGUCAAUGUUUCGUACCUCGGAGUGCUUCUGCUCCAGGUCAGACAGCAUCGUGGCCACCUCCACGACGGCAAGGCUCUCAACUGCUAAGGCGGCGGGCUCAGUGGGCCCUGGCUUUUCAUUUUCAGAAUUCCGCGUGAAACUCUUUUGGGUCGGUGGAUCGUAGCUGCCCAUGAAGAUCAAAACUUUCGGUGAAAAUGCAUACAUCAUCCAUUGUCACGCCGCCAACCAUUACCGCGUCUUCAUUGGGUCGCCUGCCGUGAUGCUCUCUCCCUCCCCGCCACACGCACACAGCCUGACAACGCAUUGGGCUGGGCGAGAGAAUGCAUCAAGGCAGAAGCGUCGGCGUUUGGUUGUGUGAUGGCCUGCCUGUGUUGUUCGCCGCCGGCCACCGGACGUCAUCGAUCACGUGUUAUGUCGACGAGUGAUUGAUGGCAUCUGGGAGUACAACGACAACAACACCAGGCAGACCACAACACGGCCAGACGAACACACAUCAACAGCUAAGCUGGUGCUGCGAAAAGACAGACAGACAGACGCACCGCGCCACAAAAAUACUCACUCACGUAUGGCCGCUAAGGUCGGUGGCAUCGCAGCAAGCAAGCACAUGAUGGCACGAGCGUUAGUCGAGCAGGCCGAGGC